AUGCAGGCGGAGCGAUCGCUGGGCGAGCCGAAGCGACGGGCGCGCUUCUCACCCUUGCCAAUGUCAACACCGCUCCUCUCCUUCGACGUGCUGGAGUGGAUUCCCAACAGCAGCGAGUCGCUCGCGCGUCUUCCCGUCGGGCGUGCCGCGUCGGUGUAUCCCCCCGACAGCCGUGCGUCCGUGGCCCCUAGUGAGGGGCGAGUACACCCGCGCGACUGCACCGCCUUCGAGUCGUCCUGCGGCUCCUGGACGUGCUUCCGGACACUCUCCCGCUGCGGCGACGCUCUUGUGCUGGAGGAUGCGCAGCUUGUCGAUGUUGGCGCCGCUCGCCGGCACGGGUUCACGUGGCAACAAGGCCCAGACCGCCUGCCAUCAGGCGGCGUGAGGACCGGCUACAUUGGUGCGAGCGCUGGUUGCCGGCGGACGCUCGCCUCAGUGUCGGAGAAUGCCAUGGACAUCGGUGCUGACAUCGUUCCCCGAGAUUCCCUUCUCGCCGACCGACGCUAUGAGCGACCGGCGCCUCCUGCGCAAUGCCGCAAACGAGGGAUCCCGAUGCAGGAUAUCCAUUCCGUAUGUCGCCACUGCUUCCAGAAGCCCGUAACGCUUGUGUUUGACGCGAGGGGUCACUCAAUCAGCGCACGGGACAGCGCCGACACGACGGCUCGCGGCGAUCGUGCGAAGCGGGUUCUUGCGCAGAGCCGCCAUCAUCGCAGUAGCGGCUUGGAGAUGGCGCUGGCUCUGCAGUGGCGCUACGAGCUGUGGGGACCCGUCGGCGUCAUCUUCACUCUGCGAGGCGGUCGCCGCAUUUUCUUGGCCUUCGCAUCGACGCAACACGCGGAGCAGAUAGUGGAGCUGCUGGCCAGCUUUGCCACCGGCGCCGAACUCGGUCGCCGACAGCCGAGUGAUUCCUCCCCUCACCGGAGCAGCACCGGCGCAUCUGCGUCUUUUUCGCAAGUGCCCGCGUGGUCUGCCGGUGAUGACAUCCCUUUCGCUGCUUCUGCAAGUGGGCCGCAUGCAGCUCCACUCUCUUCUGGUGGACUGCAGCGCUGCGCUUCGCCGUCUUGCGCCUCCGUGCACAUCGCGUCAUGCGAAGCCUCCUUGCGAGGGGCGCCGGCAACGCCAUGCUCGCCGCAAGCCGGCUCUGCGUUCUCGUCGGCGUGGGCUUCUGGGGCCCCCUGGCUUGUCUCUUCGACACCUGCGGGCCCGCAGACAGGAAAGCGAUGGCGGAAGACGGGAUCCUUCACGGAUGAAAACUCGCCGUCGCCGCUCUCUGAUACCGUGCCCGCGUCGCAGGAAGUGGGAGGGGCACUAGCUGCGAGGGCACGUCGUGACUCGAGCAGGGUUCCUGGUGGCGGGUAUUUGUACUGCCGCCCGUGGGGAGAGGCAUCGCGGUACCUGAGGUACUAUCUUAGGGUAUGCACGACGGCAGGGAGGAGUCACGUUGUUCAUCUCUCGCGGCACCGGCUACGCCUGUGGCAGCGGCUGCGGCAAGUCUUUGGAAAUGAAAGGCGCACCGUUUCGCUAGAUCUGCGUCGUGCCUCUGUCUGCCCAAGCGCUGCACACGAGAAUUUGUUGCGGGUGACAUACCAGGCCGAGAGUUUUGCGCAGUACAAGAGCUUGCAGCCACUCGGCGGUGGCGUGGUGUUUGUGGGCCCGGUGAGCGACUUCGCUGCCUCGCGCGCUGCGCGUCGACGGGAGCUGGAGCUGUGCGCUGACUACUCGGUAGUCUUUGAAGCGCUGGCCAAGUCACCUGAGGAGAGGACAUCGUGGCUUGCGUUUUUUUGCAGCCGUGGCGCUGCGGUGCAAGCACCUGUCGACGCUGCCCAGCUGGGGGAUUAUGCUGAUGUCUUGCUAACGCCCGAGAAGCCAGUGGCCUUUCAGCAACUCGGCGGCGAGUCGCUCCUCGCCACCUCACCUGCGAGCGGACCUGGACAAGAGAUGUUGCUCUCCAGUACGGCGGAUCAGUGUAUGCCGACCUGGGAGACCCCUACCUUCUCCGCAGAAGCGGUUUCUUCUCUGAAGCCACUGUCUAAUGGCUCGCCGCACCUGCCGCUGAAGGAGCAGUCAGAGGGGAGACGAGGCGGCUGUCGAGCAGCUGCGGAGACAGCGGCGGCGUUACGGCUGAGCACCCUUUACCGCACGUAUCCGAGCAACGUGUCUCCCUCUUUACCCGAGCGCCAUCCCGCAGCCGACGAGCACGCCAGCACGCUAACUAGCCCGUCACCACUUUCAGCUGUGGCCGCUGGCACGGGAGACAGGCAGGAGGAGGAAGAGGAGCUGACGAUUGUCGUCGAGGACGAUGAGCUCGACCGGACAACACCGUGCCCUGAGGCGGCUGAGCCGCACUCGCCGGGCUACAUGAUGCAGAGCGAUCCGUCAACGAUGGAUCACACAGCAACUCCUCCCCGUCGCACCUCUGCCUCGCCUGUGCUGGAUGAAGGUGGGCGGUGGCUCCGGAGCGGCACUGGGAGGGCCGUCGAGGCGCCGAAUAUCAUGGCCGCGGCGAACGAGAGCUCGAAGGCCCAUCAAAGGCUCGCUAAUACCCGGUUGACUAUGGCAGGGACGAUUGUGGCCCCUAUGUACUUGGAAGAUACUACCUCCUCCGAAGUCUCGUCUCACGAAAGGCUGAAUGCGCUGCCACCGCAGCUACCCGCAAAAUACGAGACGAGCAAGAUUCGGCGAGGCGCCGGCGAAACACUGCUGGAUCACACGGCGGCUGCACAAGGGGCGCUCGGUACUCCACUUUUCACCGUGGAGGUGAACAGCGCAGGGCGUCACACACCUGUGGCGACAGCCAACGGCAGUGCGACACCAGUGCCUCUCAAAGCCCCAUCCACCGUUGUAGCGUCGGCGUCUGUGCUUGCUGAAGAACAUCUACGCAGGUCUCGCUCUUCCAACGGCGUUAACACGCCGCCUCGCACUUCCGAACUUGAGACAGCGGCUUUCACGACUACUACGCUGGGGUCCUUGGUCGUCGGGUUGUCGCAGCGGAUGUGGCAGACGCCAAACAGAAGCCUCUCACUAGACGCCCCGCUCGACGCGACCCCGCCAGCGGCGCUACGCAACGGCGCCGAGAAGCCAGCACCCACGGGCACGAAGUCGUCCUCUGCGCCUCAAGCACCGCCGGCGAGCUUGCCAGGGAUGAUGACGGGUCAUCGCCUGCGCCAUCAGGAUGCGAUAAACGGACUUGUUGAUGAGAACCACACAAUGCAUGAUACCUUGGCAUCUUGCUCCCCGGCACCGUCGUCAGGGGGCAGGCCUGGCAAGGGCGACGGAGAUACAGAUGAUGCACGGGGCUCUGAUGCGUCGUCUUCAUCAUUUUCUACUCGAGACCGUGACUCUCUGUCAUCGUCGAGCUCAGCAGUGGACCCGCGGCUGUCGCAGUUCCUCGAACCCUAUGUAAACGAGACGAGCCUGGACCAGGUGGGUGGUCGCCACCGGGGUGAUGGUGUGUCGAUCGGGGUGCCGGUAACGCCGUUUGAUCUUCAUCUGAUUCCACCGAGAGAGUACCGUGGCAAUCGGUUCACCGCUCUCCGCGUGCCGGGUGAGGCGUCUGCGAUGUAG